UUAACCAUCACUGGAGACGUUCGUUUUCAAAUCAUAGUUCUUUUUACAUUGCAUAGAAUUUAAGAUAUUGGAGCGUUUUUGCUUUAUUAUUUUUUAUAUAAUUUAUCUGCAUUUAUUAUGUGCGACACAGAUCUUUCUUUUUAGUCUUAUGGUUUAUGUUUCGAUGCCGGCAAAGAACCGGAGAGUAAGUUUUCAGUAGACAGCCCCCGUAAUUGUAUUCUGCUUGCUGCAAAAUGGAGGACGUCGCUGUUGAAGUGUGCGGCGAGAAUGGCGCUUACUAUAAGGCAUAUAUCACAGAUGUUCAUGAAGAUGAAGUAACUGUAGCUUUUGAAAAUGAUACUAUUAAUUGCAGUUGGCAGCCAGAAAGCAAGUUUCCAUUCAACCGUGUAAGGUUACCACCUGCUCCACCGAAAGAUGAUAAACCAAUAAGUAUGAUAGAAGGUCAAGAAGUUGAGGUGUUUUCUCGAGCUAAUGAACAAGAGGCAUGUGGGUGGUGGCGUGCUGUGGUGAAGAUGACAAAAGGUGACUUUCAUGUUGUUGAAUACCUUGGUUGGGAAACUACAUAUACAGAAAUUGUACCUAGCGACAGGUUACGUUUAAAAAAUACUAAUCAACCCAUCACAAAAGGCACGUUUCAUCAGUUCGAGAUUCCUGUACCUGAAGAUGUGCAAGAGUAUUCCAAAUUAGAAAUGGCUCAUAAAGAAUUUAAAAAAGCAAUAGGUGCUGCUGUCUGUAAAUACAAUCAAGAUAAAAAAUGCCUACAAAUUAUAUUUUUUUCCUCUCAGGGCAGGCAUGAAGGUUUAAAGAAAAGAGCGUGCAUGCUUAGUGAUAUGCAUUUUCGUAAUCUUCGUCAAAAAGUCCUGCUAUUAAACAGAACAGAAGAAGCAGCCCGCCAGCUUGAGAGCACAAGGUUACAUUCAAAUUCUGGUUAUGGUGAAGAAUUCACUGUGCGAGAGGAUUUGAUGGGUUUGGCAAUAGGUGCUCAUGGAGCAAAUAUUCAGAAUGCCAGGAAGCUGGAGGGUAUUACAGGAAUUGAUCUGGAAGAAUGCAGUUGUACAUUUAAAAUUUUUGGAGAGACUCAGGAGGCUGUCAAAAAGGCCAGAAGUAUGCUAGAGUAUGCAGAAGAGUCUGUUCAAGUGCCUAGAAUACUUGUAGGAAAAGUUAUUGGAAAGAAUGGAAGAAUAAUUCAAGAAAUUGUUGAUAAAUCUGGUGUUGUGAGAGUAAAGAUUGAAGGUGAUAAUGAAAAUCAGUCUCCAAGAGAGGAGGAGGGGCGAGGCCCACCGCAACAUAGAACAGGUAAAGGAUCAAUGGAUAUGCAAGUUCAUAGAAAACCUACAUCACAUCCCAGCUUGACUGACAGAACUUCUGGUCAUAUGGUGGAAGGCUCUGUUACAGAGAGAACCUUCAGUGUGCCAUUCGUUUUUGUGGGAACAAUUGAAAGUAUAACAAAUGCCAAAAUCUUACUGGAAUAUCAUCUGGCUCAUUUGAAGGAAGUAGAAAAGCUAAGGCAAGAAAAAUUAGAAAUUGAUCAGCAGCUUAGGAGUCAAGUUGGAAAUGUACAGAACUUCCCAGUCCCUCGUCGCCCUGGUCCAGAAAGAAAUUACAAUUCUGAGAAUGAUACUGGUAGAGUUCGUGGUGGCGGACCUCCCAGAGGAAGAGGGCGUGGUGGAGGGUCUGGUCCUGUUCGCAGAUGGGCAAACGACUCUUCUCGCUUCAACAAUAGUACAAGUAAUCAUCCUUCUUCAACGCUGAGUGAUUUCAUAGGUAAUGCAGACAAACGUGGUGGACACAAUUCGUAUCGUGGUGGCAUUAGUCGAGGCAGGGAACGAGGAGGUGGGGACAAUAGUUCUCGUGGACUGCCAAACAGAAAAUGACCACAUUGCUAGCACCAGCAGAAGUCUUACAACUUGAUACCUUACCUUGAAAAUUAAGACGGCAUUUUCAUAUAGUGCUGUUCAUAUUUUGACUUGGACUAACCUAAGUUUCACUGUUGUUGACCAGAUGUUAUUUAAAUACAAAUGCUGAUAAUUUUAUCAUGAGAUGUCCCACUCACUUAUGUCCAUAUUUCCUGAUAUGUCUCUUGAAACUAAGAGCUGAAUAAUGAGAAGUGUAUGAUCACUUAUCAACUAGAGCGCGAGCUCCCUUUUGCAGCAGCAGGCAGUAGUUAAUAAACAGUGCAUUAAAGGCUCUAAGUGAAGAUUGAGCUGCUGAAAUUCCUUAUUACCAUCACUGUCUUGAUCAGCAGCAAGGGAAUUCCAGCGUGGACAUCAUUGACUAUUGCCUUUUCCUUUUAUUUUUAUUUUAAUCUAAAUUCAAUGUUUUGAAAGGUAUUCUGCCAUUAUAAAUUUAUUUAUUACUUCUUGCUGUAUAUUCACUUCUGUUGAUAGUAUCAUUCAACUUCACCUCUUUGCUGAUUAAGCAUGUUAUUUUCUUUACGAUUAACUCGUUUUCUAACCCCACUUUUAAGCCCAAUUAAAAUAGAUUCCCUUCUAAAUUUGAAUUGUUUUAGGUAAGGUUUUUUUUUUAUUUACGAAUUCAAGUUAUUUCAGCAAAUGUAUACAAUUUACAUCUUGUAAAUAAAAAUAUGUACUCCUUUUUUAUUUUGGCUUUCUAAUUUUGAUAAGCCUUAUAAUAGUGACCUUGGGAAAUUUUUUCUUAAUUUUGUCCUUCUUUCAAUAAAGCAGCAACACUUUAUGAAAUCACUUUCCUUUGCUGAAAACAAAGCCUGUAAAUAAUUGCUUUUGGCUUUGUAGAAGCAAUAAUUUUUUAGAAAUUGCUCUCAACUUUGUUUGUGUUUUACCAAAAACAAAUUGGCAGAGAUAGUCCUUGAACAUGGCACCUUUCUAGUCUACAGUGUGAAACAGAAACAUACCUUGUAAGUUGCAGUGCAUCUGAAUUUGUGACAUCAUUAUGUUGUGUAAGAGCUUACAAAUGUCUGAAGGCUCUUCACAUUUGAUGAAAGUCCUUGAGCAUUUCCAGAGUGUAAUUGAAGCACUCAUUUCAGGCGAUAAAUCUAGAUUGUGACAUAAACCAAACCAGAGAAGAAUACUUCUGUGUGGCAGAUCCAGCGAGAGUACUACUUAUACCAAUACUGUGACUUGGACUUAGUUGCCUAGACAUAAGCAAGUUUUCCCUGUCCCGAAAGUGUCAUGUUAUCCAGGAACUGUGAUAUCCUCAUUAUUGGGAUAUUAAGACAUCCUCUUUGCAAAGGGAGUCUAGAUUAUAGAAAACGAAACGAAGUUCUGUGUACAAAAAGAAGAUUGUCAGGAACAUUUGACUCUAAAUUGAGAGUUUCAGUUACUGAAGUCUUCUCAUUUCUACAUUGUUUGCUUUUAUAUUGAAAAAGUAAUGUUCCUCAGGUUGUAAUAAAGCUGCCAUGUUGGAAAUGUG